UAGAAAUCAAUUCAAUAUGAACGGGGUCUUAUACAAAACCAAAAUACAAUUCGCGGUUUCUAAAGUGUUGAAAAAUCAUCGGAUACCUCAGCCGAGGUACGAGAUAUCUAGCGGCAUGGAGGAGGCCGUACUCGACAGAACCGACGGAACAAGUGUCUGUGUACAAGAUGGCGGCGCCCGGGGCCUUAACUGUCGUGAAAAUCGCCAGGAAGUAACCCAUAAACGGAAGCCGCGCGGUGUCGCAGCGAGCCGCGGAUCCCCGCUCCGAAGGAUGUGAUCCGAGGAAGAAGAAGAAGAAGGCCGAGUCCGGGCCAGAGGAGCCUUUUUCUACACUGCCACGAGGAAAUUCGGAUAAUCCAACUUCCUCGGGCCAGUAUCGUGAUCCUCUUCGUGGCCACGCCGACGAUGGAGCCCAGGGAACGCUACCAGGAACUCUGCAGACUUUGCGCAUCCUACGACGCCGUCAAGAUGGACAUCUUCGGUCAAGAGGGCAAGAAUAGACAGCUUGUUGACAAAAUACAAGCUUGCCUACCGUUUAAGAUUGCAGAAGAUGAUCGACUACCGAAAUGCCUCUGUUAUCGAUGCAUGUACAAUUUGGAAAAUUUCUAUGAUUUUAGAACAGCAUGCGUUAAUGCAGUGGCCCUUUUGGAAAGAUGUUUACCAUCCUCGGAAAAGGUUGAGGGUGUUAUGACCACAUUAAGAUACUGCAAUGACUCCGAACACUUGAAGCGAAAGGAAAGUAUACCAAUACUGAUCCCAGAGGCACCUAUUGUGAAUCCUAAUGCUGCCUUAGGUACACCACCUAGAUUAAAUUCUGAUGGAGAGGCAGAAACUGAAGAUGUUGUCAAUAAUAGUGGCACUGAUGAAGCAACAAUAGUGGAUGACUCUGACGAUCAUCGUUCAGAAGAAUACGAAAUGGAUAUGGAAACAAAUCCAAGUGAUUUUUUGGAGAUGACUUCAAUAGUUACAGAAGAGCCUGAAGAGUCAGAGUUGAAACAUCAAGAACAUCCUGCUAACGUCUCAGAGCAUAUAUCACAACAACACGAAGUUUAUGUUUGUUCCUUGUGCAACAAAGCAUUCAGUUCCAAGGGUCAUUUAUCUUUGCACGCGCGUAUUCAUGUUGGGGCUGGUGACGUAAUUGGCGAAAAAGUUCUUACGGACGAUCACACUUCUUACAAGAGACCUUAUCAAUGUGAUCUUUGUCAUAAAUCUUAUUCAACUGCGAAGCAUCGUUGGGGUCAUGUUUCAACAACUCAUAGAGGCCACCCGGCAGUAACAUGCGGUUAUUGUUCCCGUAUCUACUCAACCCGAACAAAUUUGGAAGAACAUAUAAAAUCACGUCACGCUGGUCUUCCAACACCUUUGGAAGUUCCUGUGAACAAUACCUAUCGACCAGAAAACAGAUGUCAGUGCAAUGUUUGCGGAAAGAUUUGUACUGAUGCUAUGGAAUUGAAUUUGCAUGGCCGGAUUUGUAUUGAAGAACAAAGAUCAGAUUUUCUAGCUAGAAGUGAGAACAGGGAUACUAAAAUUGUGGACAGUACUGAAGGAUCAAGUAUCGGCAGUGAUGACGAUAGCAAGGAUUAUAGAAGUGCAGAGGCAAAGUUGGCUAAAAAUCCUCAAUUAACAAUCUUGAAACAAGCACUAAUGAAAGGUGAUAGUCUUAAACGAGAUUUCGAAGAUAAAUUCACGACAAAUUGUAAACCAAAAAAACUGCCAAAAACAGAAAACAUAGAUGUUACAAGCGAUAAAAAGUGGUAUUGCGAAUCUUGUCCUCAAUUUUUCACCUCGGUCGAAAAUUUGAAAGAACAUGAAGCAAUUCAUGACGCCGACAAGCCCUAUAUCUGUAUUUUAUGUAAAAAAGACUUUGUUCUUAAGUCUUCCUUGAGUAGACAUAUUCAAACACUACAUGGAGUUGAUCCAUGUCCUAUUGUAGAAAGCGAUAAAUGUUUAAAGAAAAUUCUUUCGCGAAAUUGGAAUGAAUCUAUGGAUUUUGAUUAUGAACGAAAAACUUCCGAAUUUCCAUUAUCCCCAGAGACGAAUGUUGAAAAUGAAGAAGAAGAUCAUGAAAGUGGACAGGAAAAUCUUAUUGAAAUUGAAACUGUAUUUGUUUGUGAAAUUUGUACUCGUGAUUUUAAUGAUCGCGCUUCGCUUUGGCUUCACAUUCGAGCUACUCACAAAGAAUUCGCAGCAUUUGCUUGCGGUGUUUGCUUGAAAAUUUGUGCAGACAAUACACAACUUCUGAAUCAUGUAAAUAUGUAUCAUGGAGUAUCAAAAUUGCUACUCUCUGAACAAAGAAGGUAUAGUUGUACCAUUUGUGGCAGGCAACAUGACUCUAGAAAGAAAUUAAUUGCGCACGUAUCUAUACAUAACGUUGAUCCAAAAUACGAUCCAGCAACCUUUGUACAAUUAAAUAGUAAUUAUUAUGGAGAGAAUAUUAAUGGUAACGAAACUACAGAAACAAUGCUUGAUUAUGAAGAAGAAGGGGACAAAGUAGAUUGUUAUAUUUGUUACAAAUCAUUUCCAAAUGAAGAUCAUUUAAUACGGCAUCAAAGAAAUGCGCACAGGUCUGAACCAUUAAUGGCAGCAGGAGACUCUUUGAAUCCAUCCAAUUUAAAUGGCGGUGGAAAUAGAGCUCAAUACCACUUGUUCUUUGUUUGUGAACUUUGUGGAAGUUCACAUCCUAGUAAAUGGGAACGUUGGUUACACGUCAGUUCUUCUCACGCUAAUGAACCAACUAUAAAAUGUGAUCGUGAUGACUGUGGAAAAAUCUUUGCUACAAAGUCUCUUAAGAACGAUCACAUUCAACAUCACGCAAUUCAAGGCCCUUCGCCAAAUACUUGUGAAAUUUGUGGUAAACUUUGGGGUAGCAGAGUGGAUUAUUGGAAGCACGUUAUGGGUGUCCAUUCAGACACUGUCCCAUUAAUUUGUGGUGUUUGUCUAAAAGUGUUUCCGAAUGUGUUACAAUUAAGUAGUCACGUUAAAUCGAAACAUUGGCCAUUAACGAAUGGUGAUUUCAGUUGUGAUAUAUGUGGAAGACCGUAUUCAAACAAAUCAAAAAUGUCUAGACAUAGAAAGAUUCAUGGUUUCGAAGACAGUUGUGACAAUGGAAUAGAAAACAAUGAAAGCAAAGCAGAUGGACGAAUCAGAGAAAGCGAAUUAAGCUGUGAACAUUGUUCGGAUUUGAAAUUUACUAGUUUAGAGAAGUUAUGUAAUCACAGACGAAUCGUUCAUGGUCUUUUCCCUUGCGAUCUCUGUAAUAAAUGCUACGGUAGAACCUCGCAUUUAUGGAAACAUGUUAAUAGAGUUCAUAAAGGCCAUGAAGACGUUACAUGUCCUUAUUGCUUAAAAACCAGCGCUUCGAAAGAUCAUUUGGCCACUCACAUUUCUAAAAUUCAUAGAUACGAGCCUGAUUCUAGAAAAGAGGGGAAAGAUAAUAGGCAGUUCAAGACUGAGGAAGUUAGUUUACAUUAUUGUGAGAAAUGUAAUAAAGGAUUUCACAAACGAUAUCUGUUACGUAGGCAUAUGAAGGGAUGCCAGAAUUAUAGAAAGGAUCCCGGUACGUUGCUUACAAGAUGCAGAGCUUGCGAAAGAAUUUUCAAAGACCGUGCUAGUUUACAAAAACAUAUUGAAAAUCACCAUAGUACGUACACUUGUCAUCUUUGCAAUGAGACCAUCACUUCAAAGUUAGGAAUUAUGACACAUAAUAGAGUGAAGCAUAUGGAUCACCCAGAUUUGACCUGUAGUUUCGGAGCUUGCAGAAAAUUAUUUAGGACAAAGGAAGAUUUGGAAUCUCACAAGAAAGACCAUAGAUAUCACACGAAUCCUAAUGUCUGCGAUUUUUGUGGCGACACUGUUGAGAAUAAAUUAAAAUUAAAAAUGCAUGUACUGUCUCUUCAUCGUAAUGAAAUUGGUGUAUCGUGUGGAGUAUGUUUAAUCCCAAUGAAAGAUCCGAAAGAACUUAAGAGUCAUGUAGAAAAAGUUCAUUCCAGCGUUCUUUUAAGACCUAAUACCUGUCAAGUAUGUGGUAAACAGUAUGCUUCAAAAUGGAAAGCUUUUGAUCACACUAAAAAAUGUCAUGGCAAAGUUUUCCAGACUUGCAAACAAUGUUUAGCUGUUUUCACAGAAGAUACCGCUAUUAGAGAUCAUUAUGAGAUGGUGCAUAAUGUUCCAAAAGAUCAACUUGCAGCAUUUGAAUACAGAUUAGAUAUUGGAUCGAAGAACGAAGAUUUUGAAAUGGAGUCUCCAGAUAUUGUUAUCAAAGAAGAAUUAGAAGACAUGGAGUAUGAUCUUUGUGAUGAGGACUCUAGUGAUUCGAAAAGAAGAAGAUCAUUAACUGAUACAUUUGAUUGUGAAAUGUGCCCUGAGAUGUUUGUGAAUAGUGACGCUCUGUCAAAGCAUUAUCGUAAUAUGCAUAAUACAGAUCCAGAAAGAAUGUUUAAGAGACUGAAACAGGAAGAACAAAGAAGAAUGCGUGGAAAGAUAAGCUUCGUUUGUAAAAAUUGUAAAAGACAAUUCUGUACAAAAACACUAUAUUGGAACCAUAUUGCUACAUGUAGAAGAAAUACUGCGCGAAAAGAAGAAGAACAUCUACCUUUGCGAAAUGAUAUAUUGGAUAAUCAAGCAAGCGUACUUGAUAAUCGGGAAGAAAUUUUGAAAAAUAAUAAUCAAAUAAAAAAAGAAGAAAGUACAUCAAAUUUGAAUAUUCCUGACUUCAAUCUUUUCGAAGAUAUAAAUUUUCAAUUAUCGGGUCAGAGGCCACUUCCAAAUCUUAUGCCGUUAUCUCAGAGGGUGAAAUCAUCAAUGAAAUGUUCAAGGAAAGAUUCUAGGAAAGUGUAUGAUGAAUCAACGAAUACGGAAUGUGCAUGCGAAGUUUGUGGAAAGCAGUGGCCAGCAAAGAAACAUUUGUGGCAACAUUUAAUUCGUUUCCAUCGAGCUGAGGCUGCAGUCACCUGUGGAGUGUGCUUGAAACUCUGCAAAGAUUAUAAUGAUUUAGCAGAGCAUUUGAAAGCCACGCAUGCUGCAAUCCUUUCUUGCGAAGGGAAUAACUUUACAUGUAAAACUUGUGGCAGAUAUCACAAUGCACGCAGUAAAUUAUUAUUACACACAAGUAUUCACAUUGGUCAUGCAAAUAAUGAAACAACAUGUCCAAAGUGUUACAAGAUUAUUACUGACGAACCUGAUCAUUCUAAUACUUGCACUGGAAAGACAGAAGAAGAAGGAGAACAUUUGGAAAAUGAGAAAAAACCAGAAGGAAGCUUGAUAGCGGAUGAUGCAAUGAUAGAAGAAGUGGAGGAAGGAGACUUUGAAUCUGAGGCAGAAGAAGCAGAUUCAGCAGAAUCAGAUAGUGGUAGUAGUACGGAGGCAGAAGAGGAAAAUGAUUCUGAGGGAGAAUCCAGAGCCACAGGAGAAAUUACGUACAAUUCAGAUAGUGAUGAUUCCGUAGAUUUGGUCAAUUUAGAAAUGCAGAAGAAUAUGCAACGGUUUGGUUUAGAUGGUCUUCAGAAACUUGAAGAUACAGAAGCAGAGAAGAAUGAUGUUGAUUUGUCAGAUGAUGACGAUGAUGAUGAUGACGAUGACGAGGACGAUGAUGAUGGGCCUCCGGUGCUUAGUCCUAUAAUGCCUAUGCUUCCUGAAAACAUAUCUCAAGAACAAACGAUAGGCCACAAAGUUGAUUCAGUGGUGACACUAACAGAUAAAGAAAUGGAAAUUUGUAAUUUGGCAGGAAUACAAAGUCAGUCCUCUUCUAAAUCAGCGAAUUUCUAUGAAAAGGGCUUGUCUACCAACGAAUCGAUAGAUUUUGAAUCUGAAACGUUUACAAAUCGAAGUGACGAGGAAUAUGAAGGCACGAGACAUGAAUAUGAUGAAAACUCUAUAGAGGAGAAUGAGGAAGAAAAUGAAGACAAUGAGGGCAACGAAGAGCACGAGGAAAACGAAGAAAACAAAGAAAUUGAACAAAACGAGGAAAAUGAAGAAAACGACAUGACGAUAAAUGAAGACAGCGAAGAAAAUGAAUCAAACGAGGAAAUUGAAGAAAAUGAAGACAGUGAAGAGAAUGAAGAAAAUGAAGAAAAUGAAGAAAAUGAAGGAAAUGAAGAAAAUGAAGAAAAUGAUGAAAUUGAUGAAAUUGAUGAAAUUGAAGAAAAUGAAGAAAAUGAUGAAAUUGAAGAGAACGAAGAAAACGAAGAGAAUGAAAAGAUCGAAGAGGAUGAAGAGGACGAAGAAGACGAAGAGAAUGAAGAGAAUGAGGAGAAUGAGGAGAAUGAGGAGAAUGAGGAGAAUGAGGAGAAUGAGGAGAAUGAGGAGAAUGAGGAGAAUGAAGAGAAUGAAGAGAUUGAAGGGAAUGAAGAGAAUUAUGAGGAUGAUGAGAAUGACGAAAAUGAAGAAAAGGUAGAAGGUAUGGAGUUGGACGAUUUAGAAAAUGCUGUGCUAAUGGUAACUGAAGGAAAUGAAAUAUUGAUACAGCAAAAUAUAUUAGAAGAUGGAAACGAAAAUGCAAACCAAACUUACGUUUACUCCACGCUUGCAUACAGUAUGGAAGAAGAUAGUGAUGGUGCAGGAAAAUGAGUGCCAAAUUGUGAUUAAGUAAUUUGAAAAAAUGUAAGGUGAGACAAUGAAGUUGUUAUAUUAUUUUCAGAAAUAAAGAAUACGUGGAGAUGAAUAGAUAGUUGGUUAAAAAUUAAAUAUAAAAAUAUUAAAUUUUGGAAAAUACCUUCAAAAGCAGUAAAACACACUUAUUUAAACAUUAAUUAACAAAGAAUGUAAUAUCAACUUUUGAUUAUCUUAAUUUUGUAUAUUUAAAUCUUGGUAUAAUCCCAAGGCUUAAAAAUUUAUCUAUUUCUUCUAUUACAAAUAUGAAUUUACAG